AUGACGGUGGUCGCAAUCUGUGCAAGCCUGAUAGCAAAGUGCAAAACGACGUGGUUUUCCUCAAAGUACGCAGAUAGAAUAGCGUAUCUGCCGGGCCAGCCGCCGGUGAGUUUCCAGCAAUACGGCGGCUACAUCGGGGUAGAUGACAGAGAUAGCAGGGCUCUGUUUUACUACUUUGUGGAAGCAGAAACCGACCCAUCUUCUAAGCCUCUCGUUCUCUGGUUCAUUGGAGGGCCGGGUUGCUCAUCUCUUGGAGCCGGAGCUUUCAUGGAGCAUGGCCCUUUCAAACCAUCAUCUGAAUCCCCUUAUUAUCCCAGUUUGUAUAGAAAUCCCUUCAGUUGGAAUACAGUAGCGAACAUGUUAUAUGUAGAGUCGCCUGCUGGAGUUGGGUUCUCUUAUUCUACUGAUAAAUCCUUCUAUACUUCCGUGAAUGAUAGCAUGACAGCCCGGGACAAUCUUGUCUUCCUCACUCGCUGGCUUCACAAAUUUCCGGAGUAUUGGGGUAGACCUUUAUUCCUUACAGGAGAGAGCUACGCAGGUCAUUAUGUUCCACAACUCGCACAACUCAUUUUAAAUUGUCCAUCAUGGGAUACGAAGUUCAAUUUGAAGGGAAUAGCUCUGGGAAAUCCUCUUCUGGAAUUCAAUACGGAUUUCAAUUCGGUGUCCUCGUUUCUGUGGGCUCAUGGAGUGAUAUCAGAUUCAUCGUUGUCGCUUUUGUCAUCGGUUUGCAACUACUCCCGGUACCAGCGAGAGUCCCAAAUUCUGAGGCGCGUAUCCACCUCCUGCGCCAAGGUGAUGGCGCAGGUCACCGCAGAAAUUGGCCCAUUCAUUGAUGUCUACGGCAUUCAUCUCGAUCGCUGCAAGUCACGGCGCGAUCCCCAACUGGGCGCUCUCCAUCACCCAAUCCCUCUGCCUCGCCGCCCGGCCAUGACCGCUUUUCCUCUUCCUCAAUCUAAUAAUUACCAGCCAAGACCAGAAGCAGUAGAUGUGUGCAUAUUGAAUAAAACAAUCAUGUAUUUAACUAGAAAAGAUGUACAAACAGCUCUCCACGCUCGUCUUGUUGGAAUCAACAAUUGGAAUAUAUGUAGUAGUGUUAUGCAUUACGACUUGAAAAACUUGGAGAUACCUACAAUUGGUGCUGUGGGCUCGCUCAUUAAGUCGGGCAUCCGGGUGUUGAUUUUCAGUGGAGAUGAAGAUUCAGCUAUCCCACUUCUUGGGACUCGGAUGCUUGUGGAAAAAUUGGCAAACGAAUUAAAGCUAGAGACAACUGUACUGUAUAGAAAUUGGUUUGCUAAUAAUCAGGUUGCUGGAUGGACUCAAGUUUAUGCUAAUAUCCUAUCCUUUGCUACUGUCAGAGAAGCCUCUCAUGAACCUCCUCAUUCGCAGCCAGAAAGAUCACUACUGCUAUUUAAAACAUUUUUAGAAGGCAAACCACUACCUGAUGAAGAGGCCAUCGAUGAUGAUAAUAUACACACAUAAAUAUAUUAUGUGAACAUUUACUCGUAAGCUACGGAGUUGUAACGACAAUAAAGCUAUAGUAUAGUUGGCCCAAAAGGCUAUUGUCAACUUCUAAAAGAUAAAAAGAAAAUAAUUUUCUAUCAAAAA